AUGAAGAAGAUGAAAGCUAGAAGCCUACUGUGGCCGGAGGAAUACGCCCGGAAAAUUGUGCCAAUGCUAUUAGACAUCAAGAGCAAGUCAUGGGAUGACUUUUUCUCUUCUGAUGAUGCCUUUGCAUUUGAGAUGAUUGAUCGCGAACAGGAAAAGAAUAGUCUCAACGGCUCUCCAACUAUUUUUCAGUUGUAUUGGCUCGAUCGUAUCAGAUUAGCUGAGUCCGUUGGGAAGCAUUUUGUUUCUGCUGCUUUCUUUCGAUUGGCCACUGAAUGCAAAGCAGAGCCAUUUCGAAACACUAAAGUUGAGUUGAAGAAAUAUUUGGGGCAGCACGAGUACUUAUCUGGAGAAAAAGAGUGGAAAGAUUUGUUUAUUAGCUAUGGAUUAAUGAAGGAGGAAAGCAACUUAUGCCACAAUAACAAGGAGGAAGAGGCAAUUGAAGACAGUGACCACCCCGGAAACACUCGAGAUGAACAAGAGAAGCAAAUCAUGGAACCAGUCGCUGGAGAGCCUGGGAAUGAAUGAGGGAGUCUCACUUGUCUAAUGAGAUGCUUAGCAUUUUGUUGUGAAGAGAAGUUUUUACAUUUUAGAUAUUGAAAAAUCAGAUGAUUCGCAGUAGGGUUUUACAGCAAAGGGAGUGAAAAUUGUUGGAGGAAAAAUUAUUGGUGAAAUUAUUUUUAUUCUGUCUUGGCAAACAAACUAUAAUGCCCUUCAUAUUUGGUUCCCGUCAUAGUUAACUGCUG